AUGAACCACAUUUCAACUAACCUUUCAGAGAUUGGAGAGUCUCGCUUUGUUCCCUCCAACAUUCAACAGUCUGCUGUUCCUGGGAACACACACUCUACUCCCAGGUCGUCGUCUCAUGACUCUCGUUUUCCUGUGUAUGGGCUGGAUUGGACAUCAAGUGCUCAGUCUGACACAGCUAAAAUUGCUGUUAGCUCGUUCCGUGAGGAUUCUACCAAUAGACUUAAGAUCAUCAAAGGUUCUCCAAUAUAUAUCGACGACGAACAAAAUGGCAUCAAGACAACAGACGCAUAUGAUCUCACCUCGGUGGCAGAGGUUACAGUGAACUAUCCAAUCACAAGACUUCAGUGGGAUCCGUCAAUGCCACUCUAUCCUGAUGCGACGUGUGUAGCGACAAGUUCUGAAUGUUUGAGAAUCUACGAGCUAUUGGAGCCCGAUCCUUCACAAGCAUAUGCACAGAACCCCAGGAUCAUUGAAAAGAUGACGCUGACAAACUCAAAAACGAAAAAUUUCAAUCAACUGCCUCCACUGACAUCGCUCGACUGGAACAAAACCGACCCCCGACAUAUAAUAACAAGUUCUAUAGACUCUACGUGCACGCUUUGGGACAUUUCACGAGGCACCGGAGUGGCAAAAACGCAGUUGAUUGCACACGACAGUGAGGUGUUUGAUGUCAAGUUUCUGCAUGGUAACAAGCAUGUUUUCACCAGCUGCUCCAACGACGGCUCUAUCCGAGUGUUCGAUCUGCGAUCCUUGGAGCAUUCCACAAUCAUAUACGAGCCCCAGUCCACCAGGUCGUCCAUAGCAAGUAUCGCUACAUUGAGCUCCGCUCAGGAUGCAGCCAUGGGUCAGCGUGUGCCUUUGCUCCGACUAGCAACGUCUAAUUACAAUGCCAACCAAAUUGCCGCCAUAGAGGCUGAUAGCAGUCGCAUUCUAAUACUAGAUCUGAGGUAUCCCGAGACUCCUAUCGAAAUUCUGCGAAACCAUGUGGCACCUGUCAAUAGCAUAGCAUGGCAUCCGAGCAAAAACUUCCUAUUAACGGGAGCAGACGAUUGCCAGGUUUUGAUUUACGACCUUACAGACUGCGGUCAGGCAGAAAACUCUGUGGCUCCAAUUUUUGGCUUUUUUGAUGAGAUGGAGGUGAACAACGUGUGUUGGAAUACCGAUGGUUCGUGGGUCGCUGCCAAUAGUGGACGCAGAACGCAAGCGGUGGCGCUUAUGUAA